AUGUACGACAAACUCGUCUCGCUAGGCUCGCGCCUACACUACCCCAUAACCAUUACAAAACUUCUCAAGUCGCCUGGAGACUCUAUUAAGAAACAAGAAAUCAUUAUCGAGUACAAGUUUACCUGGCGGCGGAAAGUAAGCGACGAUGAAUGGGCCGACGAAACUACCUACACCGAAUACGACAGCCCUGCCGAGGGCAAGUUGAAGGAAUGGCGCAUCAAAGAGGGCAUGGUCAUCAACGCCGACACGCCUUGUAUGUUGGUCGAGGAGGCUUGUGGCCACGAGGUUCAGAUCCAAGGACUGUGUAGUUUAUGUGGCGCCGACAUGACCGAGUUCAACUGGGCCACGGAAGAAAGGGAUACUGAUCGCGCCAUGAUCAACAUGACCCAUGACCAGACCGGUUUGAUGGUUAGUGAGAGUGUUGCAAUGAAGGCAGAGCAUGAUACGCAAAAGCGACUGCUUCGCCAGCGCAAGCUGAGCCUUGUUGUCGAUUUGGACCAGACCAUUAUCCACGCCUGCAUAGAGCCGACAAUCGGCGAGUGGCAAAAAGAUGCGUCAAAUCCUAACCACGAGGCUGUCAAGGAUGUCAAGAGCUUCCAGCUGAAUGAUGAUGGACCAAGGGGGCUGGCUAGUGGCUGCACCUACUACAUCAAGCUGAGACCUGGCUUGCAAGAGUUCCUCGAGGAGAUUGCAACCAUGUAUGAGUUGCACGUUUAUACCAUGGGCACGCGUGCAUAUGCACUCAACAUUGCGCGCAUUGUCGACCCCGACAGAAAACUGUUUGGCAAUCGCGUCAUUAGCCGAGAUGAAAACGGCAGCAUAACUUCAAAGAGCUUGCAGCGGCUGUUCCCAGUCAGCACCAACAUGGUGGUCAUCAUUGACGAUCGUGCUGAUGUAUGGCCGCGAAACCGACCAAACCUUAUCAAGGUCGUGCCGUAUGACUUCUUCAAGGGCAUCGGUGACAUCAACUCCAGUUUCCUGCCGAAGCGGACAGACAUUUUGCCAGCCCCCCCGCAAUCCAACGGCUCGGCAUUGGCGCCGAAUAACAACACCAAUGGCGCGAAUGGCGCGUCGACUGAUGUAAAGACAUCGCCGCUCGAAGAAAUUGCGAGAAUGGGCGGAGCCGUGGACGAAGUUAGUCUGAAGAUCCAAGCAGAGGAGCAGGAAAAGUCGUUGGAGAAGCAGUUAACAGACCGGCCCAUGCUGCACAUGCAAGAGCAGCUGGAUAAAGAAGACGAGAUGUCCGCUCAAGAUACCGAGACUGGAGACUCGUCGGCCAACCAUCCGAGGCAGCAUUUACUUAACGAUGACGACGAAGAGCUCAUUGCGUUACAGGAUCAUCUCACUGACCUUCACUCAUCAUUCUACGAAACCUAUGACCGAAGACGAGAAGAAAGACGACAAUCAGAGCCCACACAUCCUCCGGGGCACAGCAAACCGCGACGUAGAUCAUCCGUGGACGAUGGAGUCGAUUUAUCCAUGGUACCAGAUGUUGGUGAUAUCCUCGAUGAGCUCAAGUCCAAUGUUUUGUCUGGCCUCGUCAUUGUUCUUUCUGGACUGGUGCCUCUUGGCGUAAACAUUGAAGACUCCGAGAUUGGGAUGCAGGCGCAGAGCUUUGGUGCCCAAGUCCUGGAUAGCGUAUCUCGACGAGUCACCCACUUGGUUGUAUCGCUGGCGCGGCCCAGAACGAAAAAGGUGCAACAAGCGGCCAAAAUCCCAAGCAUUAGGAUUGUAAACCACAAUUGGCUCGUCGAUUGCCUUAGCCAAUGGCGCCGGUUGGACGAGAGACCGUACUAUCUCAAUGUUGCGGCAGACCGCGAGCGAUCUGAUGAUACCACGGAGGCUACGUCUGAAGCCGAAAACGUCGAGGCGGAGGCGAGGGACCUCAAAGACUUUGAUUGGGCCACUGCGGACAAGGAUUUGGAGGAGUUUCUCGGUACUGAUAAUGACGAUGAAGAAGAUGAGGAGGGGGAGGACAACGAUGAGGAGGAAGAAGAAGGAGACAGAGACAUGGACAUGGGCGAUAUCGUUGAGAGUGGUGCUGAAGCCGACAAGGACGGGGACACAGACAGUAGCAGGACCAACAGUCCCAUAAAGAAGGGCAAGAAACGGAAACUACCUAUUGAAGAAGACGAGUCGGACGGCGACGGACGUGGCAUAGUGGGGGAAAGCCUUUUGGCCAAGAAGCAGCGUCUGGCUCGUAACCGCGGAGCAUCCGGGCUGAGAUCGGUACGAACGACCAAUGGAGAUGAUGGCGAAGAUGAGGGCAGCAGUUUGCCGACGCCUGGGCCGACUAACGACGAAGCAACGGUGGUCAGCAACAAGGCAGCCGCCACGGAGCCAGCACAUGACGACGAGGGGGAUGUGGAUGAUGAUGAGCUGGAGAGAGAGCUCUUGGCAGAGCUGGAAGCGGCAGAUGAGUAG